AUGGAGGUACGGCUCUUGCCUUCUAAGAUACACAAUUGUUCUCCUGGCUAUUUAUUGGGAACCAGCCUAGGAACAUGAGCGGCGAGGAGUAUGCAGGCCGCCGCGCCGCUUCCUGUAGGCCCGCAGCCUGUUGCAUGGCCGGCAGCACUUGGCCUUGAAGUCAGGCCAGGCAGGCAGGCACAGAGAGACAGAGUGAGGCAGACGACGCUGGCGGAGACGGCGCUGCUGCACCACCACCGGGGCGCACCACGCGCGUCGCCGCCGCAGGCGCACCACCCGCCGCCGCCGUCGUGCGGGGGCGGCGGCAGCGGCAGCGGCAGCGCCAGCAGCGCGCACCAGGCGCUGGCGCAGCACACGCCUCCGCAGGGCAGCCCGCAGCCCGCACCCGCCCAGCACAAGCACCGCUCGCCGCACCACCGCCACCAGGAGGGGUCCACUCACAUCGACGGUAACUCGAACUUCGCAUUUCUUGACUCUCCGCAUGAUGCAAUGACACUGGUGCGUUUUGGGCUUUCAAAAGGUCUUCAGGAGGUCAGUUACACGGAAUCAGUGGCGCUGCUCGUGCGCUUGUGA